AUGGGAGGUGGAAAGGACCAUCAUCAUGCUGACAAAGGAUGCUAUCCCCCUAUUGGCUAUCCUCCAGUACAUUCAGCUGGAUCAUAUGCAUCUGCACCUCCAGUUGCAUAUGCAUAUCCAUAUGCACAACAUGGAUCUUUAUGUCCACCACCAUUAGGAUCAUAUUCGUAUCCUUCACCUAUGUACUCUUCGCACAAUGGUUACCCACCAUCUGGAUAUCCAUCAUACAAUCAAAGUGCUUACCCAUCGAUGGGUGGCUAUCCUGGUGCUAGUUUAUAUGCUACUCAACAUCAUGGUCAUGGAUCUAACAUGGGUGCAGCACUUGUUGGCGGAGCGACAGCCGCCGCCGCCGCCGCCGCUGCCUAUGGUGUACAUCACUUAACCCAUGGUCAUCACCCUCAUGGUCACCAUUUAGGGCAUUUUGGCAAGUUUAAGCAUCAUCAUCAUGGAUACUAUGGCAAGUUCAAGCAUGGAAAAUUUGGGAAGCACAUUGGGCUUGGAGGAAAACAUGGCCUUCUACGGUGGAAGCAUCACCAUCAUGGGUUCUUUGGAGGAAAAUACAAGAGGUGGAAGUAG